CGAACGUUGAAAACUUGCGCGUUAGUCUGGCGCUUUAGUCGCUUCGCCAAUUGUGGAUUUAGAUACUAGAGAUAAGUGCGGUUCUGCCAGGUUCUACUGAUGUCGCAACAAUUCAAUCUAACCUCCGAAAAAAACUAGCAGCGUCCUACUCGAAGUAACUGUCAGUACACGGUACGUCAUCGUAAAGCGAUUCCAUUAAGGUUAUUUCGUGUAUUCCUUACUUCUAUUAACUCGCCAACCGAUAAGCGAAUCCACAUCUAUGACACAUGGCUAGUAGAUCAUUGCUAGAUGGUCAAUCAUAAAAAUUUGAACACGUCGAAACUAAGAUUAAGAGUAGUGUCUCAAUCGAAGAAUUGGAACGGUAUUCGCCACGGCUUUCACAGACAUGGUUGGAUUGGCGGGCGGGGGAGGUCAUCUGUAUCCCUCGCCCCCAAUGCAACCUAAUCCAGAAUUGAGAGAAAUGACUGGAAUUGCUCCUAGUGCACCGACAAGUGCGGAUGCUUGUUUAAGUAUUGUACAUUCUCUCAUGUGUCAUCGUCAAGGAGGUGAAAGUGAAGGAUUUAGUAAGAGAGCUAUUGAAUCAUUGGUUAAAAAGCUUAAAGAGAAACGAGAUGAAUUAGAUAGCUUAAUAACUGCUAUCACUACAAAUGGAGCUCAUCCCAGUAAAUGUGUUACGAUACAAAGAACUUUAGAUGGUAGGCUACAAGUUGCUGGUCGUAAGGGUUUCCCACAUGUUAUUUAUGCUCGAAUUUGGAGAUGGCCAGAUUUACACAAGAAUGAAUUGAAACAUGUCAAGUACUGCCAAUUUGCUUUUGACUUAAAAUGUGAUUCUGUAUGUGUAAAUCCAUAUCACUAUGAGAGAGUUGUAUCUCCUGGCAUAGACCCGUUCUUUACAGACCUAUCUGGACUAACUCUGCAAUCAGGAGUAGGCGUAGGACCAGGUGGUAGAUUAGUCAAAGAUGAAUAUUCAGUUGGUGGUGGAGGAAGUGCAGCAGCUGGAGCAGUAGGAUCCGCAAUGGAUGUUGAUGGAGAAAUGAACCAAACUAUUCAACAUCAUCCACCUGCUCAACCCACUUCGUCUAAUAGCACUCAGCCAUCUCAACAGACUUUUAUACCGGGUCUAGCACCGCCUAAUCCAACUAGUGGUGAGGGUGUGUUUGGCAGUAAUGGGGGAGGGAAUAAUGGUGGUAAUCCACACAAUAAAUUGGAUGACAAUAAUUGCCCCAGACAAACCUGGAUUCCUACACCUCAUCAUCCUACAACACGUAACAUUCAUCAUCUAGUACAUCCAAUGAGUCACACCGUAGGUAGCCAACAGCAGUCAUUGAGUACAUCUAGUGGAGGCAGUGGGGCACAGAUACUGAGUCCUUCACAAGGACAAUCUACUGAAACAUUUUAUGGAACAAAUACACCUCCUCAAGAUCUUAAUCAACCACCUACUGUUGAUGCAUUAGCAGCAUCUUUAGGUGAAGGUCAAAAUUCUCCCGUAUCACCUGUACAUCUUCAUCAUCCAAAUGGAUUUCCAGUAGGUACAGCUGCUUAUAAUUCAGGAGCACCACAAUGGACUGGACCUAAUACUCUUACAUAUACUCAAAGUAUGCAGCCUCCAGAUCAUAGACAUCUUCAUCCUACCUCCUAUUGGGGUGGCCACGGAGGUGAAGUAGGUGGAAACAUUGGAGGUUUAUUAUCUACACAGCCAGCACCAGAAUACUGGUGUUCAGUUGGUUACUUUGAAUUAGAUACUCAAGUAGGCGAAACGUUUAAAGUAAGCAGCGGUUGCCCUACCGUAACAGUCGAUGGUUAUGUCGAUCCAAGCGGCGGUAAUAGAUUUUGCUUAGGAGCUUUGAGUAAUGUACACAGAACAGAACAAAGCGAAAAAGCUCGUCUUCAUAUAGGAAAAGGAGUUGUGUUAGAUUUAAGGGGUGAAGGAGACGUUUGGUUAAGAUGCCAAAGUGAACAUAGUGUUUUUGUACAGUCUUAUUAUUUAGACAGAGAAGCAGGUCGUGCACCCGGUGAUGCUGUGCAUAAAAUUUAUCCCUCUGCAUAUAUUAAAGUCUUUGAUUUACGGCAAUGUCAUAAGCAAAUGAGAGGACAAGCCGCUACUGCACAAGCCGCAGCUGCGGCACAAGCGGCAGCUGUAGCGGGACACUUAACGCACGGUGCACCAAUUACAAAAAGUCUUAGUGCAGCAGCAGGAAUAGGUGUAGAUGAUCUUCGACGACUUUGCAUUUUGCGUUUAAGUUUCGUAAAGGGUUGGGGUCCUGAUUAUCCUCGACAAAGUAUAAAAGAAACUCCAUGCUGGAUAGAGGUGCACUUACAUCGAGCCCUACAAUUGCUGGAUGAAGUCUUGCAUACUAUGCCAAUAGAUGGUCCACGGGGAAUUGAAUAAUUUUAUUUAAUUUUGGAUAAUACAUUUAUUUCAAAAAAGACAUCACAUUACUACAAACUCUGCAUCAGGUGUGCAAAAUAUAUAAAAUGCAUACACAUACAAUAUUGUGGUGUUGUUAAAGAUUUUGAAAAAAGUCAACAAGAUAUAAUAUUGGUUCAAAUGAAAUAGUGUGAAUUGUAAAUCCAGAUGAAAACAUUACUCGAGAUUUUUAUUGACAUGUUUUAUAUAUUUUACACACAUGAUUUACCGCAUAGAAUAAAAUGUGUGCCACGGCCUUGCAUUACCGUCGACGUACAAACGUUUUGCAAAGGAGAUAUUAUUUUUCAUUGUGAAAAAUUAUUUUUUAAGAAAAAAGGAGUGCAUCUACAUGAAGUGUGGAUAGAAUGAAAGACUUCUAUUUUAAUAGGUAGUCGUUAUCUGAUUUAAGGGGAUAAAUACAUUUUCUACGGCAUGGCCUGGUGAGCUCAGCAAAAUGCGUGGGUAAAACGUGAUACUUUUGGAAACAUUAAUAGUCAUAAUCUCGUUUUUUGAGAUUAGCUUUGUAAGAUAGCAUAAGCAUAUUAAGUACAUCCUAAUUAAAGAAUGAUGGUAAAUUUUAAAUUCACUGUUAACGUCAAAUAUAACAACAGUAAAAAAAAAAAUGGAUUAUAUACAUACAUAUAUAUGAACAGUAGGAAGGUUUUCUAAGAAUGCAAUACGUUUCAAAAUACUGUCGGAUAACAGCUUUAGUAUAGAGAAAUACUGCGAUAAAUAUUAUAUAAGCCAUUCUAUAAAUCUAUGUCAAUCUAGUGUCAAAGAAGCUGUAGGAUUUAAUCAGAAAGAAAUUUAAUGAAAGGAGUUUGCAUAGUGAAAUGUUAAUGGGAGCAAUUAAAUAUUGAAAAAAUUGCAUUAGAAAAGCAUAUUUUUAUUAUAUCAGUAAUCGGUUGUACUGACAGUAGUUUGAUACUAUGUUGUUAGAGCAACCUUCUAUAUUGUUAUCUGUUUUAUACUUUACAGCCAAAAAGUAUCACUACGUAAAUACCUGCAGUGUUUGAUUUGUAAUGAUGUUUCGUGUCUGCCUUUUUUUUUAUUAUUAUUUUUCAUGUAAGGACAUGAAUUAAUCUGAUAGUUAGUAUUAUUAUAAUUAUUAGCAUAGUUGUUGGUGGUGAGACAAGAUGAAAAUCUUUAAAACGUGGUACGAUAUAAUUCUUCUAAUCAACCACCAAUGUUACUACUAUUACCAUGUAGUACUUGUUGAAUAAUUAUACUUACUGUUUAUCAACCAUUUUAUUAUUCUAUAUUCGUACAAAAUAUUCUUAUAUAUAUGCUAUAUUUGAUAAUAUUAUCAUACAGAGAAAACGUUGACCAAAUUUUAUACCUAUCCGUAUAUGUAUAUACAUAUUAUAUGUGUGUGUGUAUAUAUAUAUAUGUACAUAUAUAUAUAUAAUAUGUAUAUAUAUAUAUACACACACACACAUAUAAGCGCAUAUGUACGCAUAUCGACAUUUUAUCUUUUCUUCACUUAUUGUAGGUAAAGAGAAAAGUUUACUGCUUAUUUUCAUUAAUUGGUGCACAUUAUAGUAUUCUGAAUUUUUGCUUCUUUGUUGUAAUUGAGUAGAGAUUAUUUAGCUGUUUGUGUUCACGUUGUUCUCAUAUUUUUUUAUGUUAUACUUAAUCAAGAUCAUUCUCAUUGAUAAAAAAACGAGUAGAAUUUUGUACAUAUAGGCACAUGUAUGUGCAUCAUGUUGCAAGUAAAGAAUGGGUUAUUCUUGAUUAAGCAAGUAUUGAGUUAUUGUGAGAUAUUUUAUUCUUACUAUGUGAAGUUACAUGUUACCUUUUAUAAUGAAAACAAGGUUGAAAAGAGAUAGUCUCUAACAUCAUUAAAAAACACAUCUUAAAGAAAUAAAAGAAAGGAGAUUAAAAAAUGAAAAUGUUGUAUAGUAGGAGUAACAAAAGGAUGUGCAUUUGUUAAUGACGAUCGAAGUGAAGAAUAAUAUUAUUAACUAAAUUUUUACAAAGGCUAUAUUUUAGCGAUAAAAUGCACGAAACAUAAAUUAUAUCGUCCUUUUUUUUCUCUAAAUCAAAGGUAUGAAGCUCAAAUAAAACGGAAAAAUCAUGUUUAAACAUACUUAACGCCAAGUUCGCUUUAGAAACACAUGUGCCAUCAUUUUCAUAUAUUACCAUACACAGAAUAACGAACAGGAUUAAAAGUUUUUAUAAAUCCUAUAUUUUUACCAAACUCGUAAAAUGCGAAUGCAACACAUCUUUAAAUUGUGGUGCUUCAGUACGUCCUAUAACCAUAGAUUUUACAAGAUCCAGAAUAAAAAUUUGUACAUCUAAAUUAAGCUAAAUUAAAUCUAUAUAAGAGCGUAAAAAGUGGAUUGUAAAAAUUGAUGCGUUUGAAACUAAUUAUAGUAUUCUGAAAUAGAAUAUGAGAUAAGAAAAGAAUUGAUGUACAGGAUACAAUCUAAAACUUACAAACUUUACUAUGGGAAAUAUUCUACAAACGUGUUCAUAUGAUGUUUUAACGAUGCCUCUGAACAAUAGUUUCUUACAUAUAUCGAAAGUGGUAUCAAAGUGCAAUAGCCAAGUCUCAUGUCAAAGAUACCAUAACUAAUAGUUAUAAAAGUAAAUAAAAUGCCUAUAUAAUUUAUGUUUGCGAUUGAAAAAUGAUAAUGGUAAUUUAAUAACAGAUACUAUAAUUAUUAUUGCUUUUUCUUUCACUUUUAUCAGGGUAGUAUAUACAGUAUAUCUUGCUAUUUAAGAAUCUUAACAAUUUGCUUCAUAUUGCAAUCAAUGUCGAAGCCUAUACUUAUAUCGUUUUCUUUAUAUCUAAUUUUGCCAUUCAAUGUCUUAUAAAUAACAGUUUAGUUAAGUGAGGAGAUUUGUUAUGUUUACGUUUGUUUGAUUGUUAUUGAUCAUUUCCUGUGGUUAUUUAUUAAUAUUGAUUUUACUUCCAUUUUAAUAGAAGGCUUCAUUAUUAAUUACAGAUUUUGAAACUCAAAGACUUGUUCUCUUAAACUUUAGAAGCAUAUACUAUAAGCACGUACAAUAAAUAUAGAAUUAUACGUUUAUAAUUGCUAUUCAUGAUUUAAAAAAAUUGUAAAAUAAUAGAUUUAUACACUUUUUUUACUAGGUUUUACUGUUGAAUUUAGACGCCAAUCGUUAUACAUAUUAUUCUUAUAUUUCCGAUAAUUCUUGGAAUUUGGUUGCUAAGCGGCGAUUUAACUGUCAUUGUUUGUUUUUCAAACAAAUUGUGUAUAUUUAAACCAAAGAUAUUUCAACGACACGAUUACAUCAUGAUAUGUUACGAAUAUAUAUAUAUACGAAAUGUAAAAGUAAUUAUUCUUAACAAGUACGUCGCAAUACAUAAUGCAAGUAGAAACGCAUAUAAACAUUUUAAAUCGUAUGUUGAAACACAGUCUCAUUCAGGUAUAGAAUUUUCUGAUGUCGGAGUUACGAUAUUUCAAUGAAUAUUAAAAAUCUAAGCAUCAUGUGAAAUUUGUAUAAUGAUUUUUAGCCAUAAAACAUUUUUGUGUAAAACUGUAUGACGAUAAUACUUUAUUAGAUUGUUAAAAAAAUUUGUGCACGUAUGUGCUAAGUAUAAAUUGCAACAGUAUGGAUAAACAGGAAAUAAGCGAUAGUUAAUGCAAUGCCUGUAUACCAUAUUGUAAAGCACAUAUGCUUACAGAACUUGAAUGGAUGUGUUUACAAGCUUUUUGUUAUUGUAUAUUAUAAAUACAUUACAUUAUACAUGAUCAUUUUCAAUAAACAUAUUCUGUGAAUUAGA